AUGAGCGACUCUCGUUGGCUAGACGUUCCCGGCGCCUACAACGUCCGCGAUCUCGGCGGAUACCUGACGACCGACGGCAAGACCACGCGUUGGCGUGCCUUCCUCCGUGCCGAUAGUCUCCACAACCUGUCCGAAUCGACCAAGAGUGCCCUGAUCGAGUACGGGGUCCGCACCGUCAUCGACCUCCGCCGCACCAAUGAGACCGUUGACACCCCAAACGCUCUCGCAGACAUGGAUGACAUCCGGUACUUCCACCUGAACAUGAUCGGAGAUACCAACCCCCCAGGCUACAUCGCCCCGCCUCCGGAUGAAUGGACGACUCCCGAAUUGACAUCAAACAUAUACCGCGUGCUUCUCGAUCAAAGGCAGGACGUCAUAUCCGAGACUCUUGUCACGCUUGCCGAGUCCAAAGGACAUACCGCCAUCUACCACUGCGCCGCCGGCACCGACCGGACGGGAAUUAUCUCGGCCCUUCUGCUCGGUCUCGCCGGUGUGCCGGCCGACACCAUCGCAAAGGACUACGCGCUCAGCGCCCAUGGCCUGAGACGCCGGUACUUGGCCGAGGGGAUCCCCGAAUCCCUAGCCGGAAAAGACUUCUCCCUCGAAGAACCGCCGGAAUUUCUUGCCCCGCCUUUAGCAAUGGAACGAACUCUGCAACACCUCAGCGACAAGUACGGCGGCAUUGAGUCCUACGUCCGGCACAUCGGCCUGAUCGACGCCCAAAUCAACGACAUUAGAAAUAUGAUGAGAGAGUGA